AUGGAUUCCGGUAAUAGUGGUAGCUUACAAUCAUCUAGCGGCGAUGACGGCGGAGUCGCCACCGCCGCCACCAUCACCACCACCGCCGGUAGCAUUGACUCUAUGUAUCUAAACACUUCUACUUACUUCAACCCUAUACCAAAUCUUCAACCACACCACCAACAACAACCACCAUCCACUUUCUUCAAUCCGACGUCGUUUUCACAAACUAUUACACAAAACUCAAACCCCAUGUAUAAUCUUGACUCUUUAUGGUCAAGAAACCCGAAUACGGAUCCGUUUUCAAAUCUUGAUCAUCAUUCUAAUCAUCAAGAUCCGAUUUUUGACCCGAACCCGGAAAACCCUUUACAAAAUAGUCAAAACCCAGAAACCACGCCGGCUAAAAACCCUAAAAAACGUACACGUGCUUCACGGCGAGCCCCAACCACCGUGUUAACCACCGACACCACUAAUUUCCGGCAAAUGGUUCAAGAAUUUACAGGUAUUCCGGCGGCCCCGUUCGCCACGUCAUCAUCGACAUCAUCACCGUUUUCUCUCCGGCGUGAUCUUUUACGGCCGUCGGCGCAGAAGAUUCAACUACAUCAAAACCAGCCUUCUUCAUAUUUGAAUAACAACAGUACUACAACUAGUAAUUUCCAUUUACCCCCCUCAGAUUUACAGAACUUUUCAAAUCAGCCCCUGAACUUAUCUAGUUUGUCAAACUUGCAAAAUUUGCAAAAUCAGAUGUUUCCUUUUCAAGGUACCACACAAACGGUUGUUCGUGAUGCAACGGAAGGUGAAAAUCAGAGAUCGGAAGCUCAGAAUGUUGGUUUGGGAUCGAAUUUGAAAAGAUGGAGGAGUGAAAAUGAAAAUGUGGGUAACUUUGAGGGUGCAAAUAGAAAUAUUCAGAAUAGUAGUGGUGUUGGUUCUUCUAGAAGUGAUGGUGAUCAAAAUCAACUACCAGCAGGUAACGAGGAUUCAUGGAUUUGUCCUUCUGAUUAA